AUGGCUGCCGCCGUAGAUGACGGGCAGCUGCUCAAGCAGGCGACUGGCCGCAACACUCGAGGCUUGCUCCGGGUGAUUAUCCUGUGCCUCAUCGCUGCCGCCGCCGUAAGCAGUCGUCUCUUCUCCGUCAUUCGCUUUGAGAGCAUCAUCCACGAGUUUGAUCCGUGGUUCAACUUCCGAGCGACGAAAUACUUGGUACAGAAUGGCUUCUACAGCUUCUGGGACUGGUUCGACGACCGAACAUGGCAUCCUCUUGGACGAGUCACGGGUGGUACUCUCUACCCCGGACUGAUGGUCACCAGCGGUGUCAUCUACCACGCCCUCCGCGCUCUCGCCAUGCCCGUCGACAUUCGAAACAUCUGUGUCCUCCUCGCGCCUGCCUUCUCAGGUCUUACCGCUCUCGCGACCUACCUCCUGACCUCCGAGAUGGUCCCGUCGCCCUCGGCCGGUCUGCUCGCCGCAGCCUUCAUGGGCAUCACCCCCGGCUACAUCUCGCGAUCCGUCGCAGGAAGUUACGAUAACGAGGCCAUUGCCAUCUUCCUGCUCGUCUUCACCUUCUUCCUGUGGAUCAAGGCAGUCAAGCUCGGAUCCAUGUUCUGGGGUGCAUUGACUGCGCUGUUCUACGGAUACAUGGUGUCAGCGUGGGGUGGAUACGUCUUCAUCACCAACUUGCUGCCCCUGCACGCUUUCGUCUUGAUCUGCAUGGGACGAUACAGCCCGAGGUUGUAUGUCAGCUAUACUUCGUGGUAUGCGCUUGGCACGCUUGCGAGUAUGCAGAUUCCCUUCGUCGGUUUCCUGCCCAUCCGCAGUAGCGAGCACAUGUCCGCGCUCGGUGUCUUUGGCCUCCUCCAGCUGGUGGCCUUUGUCGACUGGGUUCGCGCACAACUCCCCGGCAAGCAGUUCCAGACGCUGCUCCGCGCUCUGGUUCUGAGUGUCUUCCUCAUCGGUGUCGGAGGACUGGUGCUUCUUACCGUCUCUGGUGUUAUUGCGCCCUGGACUGGCCGUUUCUACUCGCUCUGGGACACCGGAUACGCCAAGAUUCACAUUCCCAUCAUCGCCUCCGUUUCCGAGCAUCAGCCUACCGCAUGGCCCGCUUUCUUCUUCGAUCUCAACAUGAUGAUCUGGCUCUUCCCCGCUGGUGUCUACCUGUGCUUCCGCACUUUGACCGACGAGCAGGUCUUCAUUGUCAUCUACGCUGUGCUCGCCAGUUACUUCGCUGGUGUCAUGGUCCGUCUCAUGCUCACUUUGACUCCCAUUGUCUGCGUUGCAUCGGCAAUCGCUUUCUCGCAGAUUCUCGACACCUACCUAGACGUCAAGACCCCCAAGCCCGUUACCGAGAACGGCAGCACCGAUACCGCUGCAGUCGCUGCUGCAGCUAUCCUUCCCGAGGGUCUCCGAUCUACACGCAACCCGCUCGUCGGCAUCUACUCGUAUGCCUCCAAGCUUACCGUCGCCGGAACCGCCGCCAUCUACCUCAUGCUGUUCGUUCUGCACUGCACAUGGGUCACUUCGAACGCCUACUCUUCGCCCUCCGUCGUGCUCGCAUCCAGACUUCCUGACGGUAGCCAACACAUCAUCGAUGACUACCGUGAGGCAUACUACUGGCUCAGGCAGAACACCCCUCAGAACGCCAAGAUCAUGUCGUGGUGGGACUACGGAUACCAGAUUGGUGGUAUGGCCGACCGCCCAACCCUUGUCGACAACAACACCUGGAACAACACGCACAUCGCUACCGUCGGUAAGGCUAUGAGCUCCAGGGAGGAGGUCAGCUACCCCAUCAUGCGUCAACACGAGGUUGAUUACGUACUGGUCGUCUUUGGUGGUCUACUUGGCUACUCUGGAGACGACAUCAACAAGUUCCUCUGGAUGGUCAGGAUUGCCGAGGGUAUCUGGCCCGAUGAGGUCAAGGAGCGCAACUUCUUCACCCCACGAGGCGAGUACCGUGUGGACGAGGAGGCCACCCCCACUAUGAAGAACAGCUUGAUGUACAAGAUGUCCUACUACAACUACAACGCGCUGUUCCCCGCCGGACAAGCCCAGGACCGCGUCCGUGGCGCGCGUCUUCCCGCACAAGGCCCCGAGCUCAGCACCAUCGAGGAGGCCUUUACCAGCGAGAACUGGAUCAUCAGGAUCUACAAGGUCAAGGAUCUUGACAACUUUGGUCGCGACCAUCAAAGCGCCGUAUCGUUCGACAAGGGCCACAAGAAGAAGCGGUCCACCAAGAGGAAGGGACCUAGGGUAUUGAGAGUUGAGUAG